UCUCGUUCGCGUUCAAAAACACUUCUCUCUGUUUUCUUAGGCUCUGCUCUCUUUCUCUCUCUCUCUCUCUCUCUGUGGAAGCUCUGUGCGGGUAUCAAAUGGCGGAUCUGAAGUCAACGUUUCUGAAGGUAUACUCGGUUCUGAAAUCCGAGCUCCUUGAGGACCCUGCUUUCGAGUGGACCCAUGAUUCUCGGCAAUGGGUGGACCGGAUGCUCGAGUACAAUGUGCCCGGAGGGAAGUUGAACAGGGGUUUGUCUGUUAUUGACAGCUACAAAUUGUUGAAAGAAGGAAAGGAAUUAACUGAAGAUGAAAUUUUCCUUGCAAGUGCUCUUGGUUGGUGUAUUGAAUGGCUCCAGGCAUAUUUUCUUGUUCUUGAUGAUAUUAUGGAUAACUCUCACACACGGCGUGGUCAACCUUGCUGGUUCAGAGUGCCAAAUGUUGGUAUGAUUGCAGUAAAUGAUGGGGUUCUACUUCGAAACCAUAUUCCCAGGAUUCUUAGGAAACACUUCAGGGAUAAGGCUUACUAUGUGGAACUGCUUGAUCUGUUUAACGAGGUGGAGUUUCAGACCGCUUCGGGACAGAUGAUAGAUUUGAUUACUACACAUGAAGGAGCAAAAGAUCUGUCCAAAUACAAUUUGUCAGUUCACCGCCGCAUUGUUCAGUACAAGACUGCCUACUACUCAUUUUACCUUUCGGUUGCAUGUGCAUUGCUUAUUUCGGGUGAGAAUCUGGACAACCAUAUUGAUGUGAAGAACAUUCUUGUUGAGAUGGGGGUCUACUUUCAAGUGCAGGAUGAUUAUUUGGAUUGCUUUGGUGAUCCUGAAAAAAUUGGCAAGAUAGGAACAGAUAUUGAAGAUUUUAAGUGCUCUUGGUUGGUGGUAAAAGCACUGGAGCUAAGCAGUGAAGAACAGAAGAAAGUGUUAUAUGAGAACUAUGGGAAAUCAGACCCAGCUAAUGUCGCAAACGUAAAGGCCCUCUACAAAGAGCUUGAUCUUCAGGGUGUAUUUGCGGAGUUUGAGAGCAAGAGCUAUGAGAAGUUGACAGCCUCCAUUGAAGCUCAUCCAAGCAAAGCAGUGCAGGCAGUGUUGAAGUCAUUCUUGGGUAAAAUAUACAAGAGGCAAAAGUAGAGAAGGAGUUAAGCAGCGGUUGGAAGGUGGGGAAUAUUCUCAACCUUUCACCUUGAUUUGUAUUUCUAUUUUUCCAUUUGAAGAAGAAUAAUCUUUUUUUAUCCUAUAUAUUCCUGUAAACAUUUUUGUUGCUGCUGGUUUAGUUUCCAUUUCCAAAUAAAACACGAGUAAUUUUUUA